AUGAUACAAAUAUCAAGUCGAGGCUCAACCGCUGCUUCCCACUUCAAACUAUGGCGACUGGCAUCCCACAAGACCGCAGCUUUGCGAUACUUUUCGAAGUCGUUGUUCAAUCUGAAACGGUUGAGCGACUUCGCUUGGACGAACUCCAAGGGUUCGGAUACCAUGCUCUUGUUGGAAUAUCUCAGCUUCUAUGUGACGAUCUUGCUGAGAAAACCCAACUUGCCUGCCGCACAUGUUGUUUUGUUUCGUGUGCUGAAGAAGACGAUCCUGGAGUCGCAGAAGGCCUUCACUUUGAUGUACAAACAUGGUUUGUGGCUGAGGAGGGCAUGUGCCCAAAAUCUCUAUUUGAGGUUGAUGUCCGUACUGUCGGGCUACCAGCAUCUGGCUGCACAUGCGGUGACGAUGCAGAUGUCUUUCUUUGCCUUGAAACCCAAAUUCCACGGCAUCCACCAUGUGGCAUAUGAGAUCCGACAAGCAUUGCUGACCAAUGCAAAGCUCAUCCCGAACCCCAUCAUGUGGGGGUGUGAGCAAGGAGAGGACCUUAUCGGUCGAGUCUGUUCCCUAUCGACCAAAGUUGCUGUGAAAACAAUCAGCAAACGGGUGCUGCAGAGACACUUCCUGAAGAAAGAGUGGGAGUGCUUCAAAGUCUACGACUCGAUGGAGUUCGAGGAUGACGAGACCACGACGCAGGAGCACCAAUUCCGGGCCGAGGGAACGCUGGAUGCUGCUACAUCCAAGGUUAGCCAGAUCUCAAGCAAGCUGGCCGAAGCGAGAGUUAUGGCCACCGAGUUGCCCAGUGCCACCCAGCUGUCGGAGAAAAUGAAGGAGGGCUACGAGCAUGAGCUCAAUGAGGGCAAGAAGGUGGUGGAAGAUGCCCGGGCACAGCUGGAGUCAUGGUUUUCCCGCAAGCUUGAGGAUGCUGAGAUUGUGGGUGAGGAGAAAGCCGUGUACGACCAGGUUAUGCGAAGCGUCGAGAGUGCCUUCACGGUGCUAGCCGGCAAGAUCAAAGCUGUGAAAGCUGCAACGGAGACUUCGUUUGUUGGGGCCCGUCAGAUGCUUGAAGCUGUGAACAAGGAGUUCGAGGGCUAUGGACUCGAGCUUGGUGGGGCUGCAGGUGAGUUGAUCAACACUUCGGGGAAGUGGCAGAGCAACGUGCAGCGGGAUAUGCUCCGAAGGUGCAAGGCUUCCCAGGUUCCGGUUUCCUACUUGGAGGUCCCGGUGCUCGCAAAGGGUGUGCUGACGAAGCGGAAGCUUCCUGUGGUGCUUCCACACAAGCUGUUUCCUUGGCUGGUGCGGCAUGGCAUUAUCCCCCUGAGUGAUGCGGAUGAGAAUGCAAAGUUCUGGUCACAUGCUAGAACAAGCGGGAUGCCAACUAUGGGGGCCACCGACCUGCACAUCCCAUUGUAUGUCUGGGGCGAUGAUGCCCGGUUUACCAAAACACACGAGGAUAAACUUGUGGUGGUGGCCUUUGGGAAGCUGCUUGAGAGUUCCAAGAAUGCCCUGCAGACUGUGUGGCCCCUCUUUCUUUAUCAGCAGGUCGUUGAUUCCUUCAACAUUCUCUUCGAGCAGGGUGUCAUGGUGCAGACUCCAAAUGGGGAACACAAGCGUGUGUAUGCUGCUGUGGUCCAGUAUCAAGGGGACUGGAAGUGGCACAAGGCCUGCUAUUCUGAUGGAACCUGUCUAAUGCCAGAGUGCCCUCAAGUCUGA